CAGCGAGGGUGGGUCGCAGGGCAUGCCUUCGGCGAGGGCAAAGCAGUCCGCCGCGGGCGCCGACCUCUGUCGAGCCAGCAGUUGCACCAAGGGUUCUUGCUGCCGAGCCUGCCGAGCUGGCUGCGCGUGUCAGGUGUCUGGCCCGUGCCCGCCAGGUGGCCGCCCCGUGGCCCCUCUGUUCACGCCCCUUUGCCGCCAGCGCUGCUCUGAGUUCCCGUUGCCGCUCGCAGUGCCACGCACUGUGUUGCAUGUUGCUUGGCGAUACGCUUCAUUGCUUCGUGUCUGUUUGCCUGUCGUUCCACUGCUCUGCAUUGCUCCGCCCUGCU